UUGACAGCAGGCAGCAGCUGCUGAGUUGCUCAGACAUGGCGGAGGAUACGGUGUAGUCGAGGCUCAGCGGCGGAGUUACGUUAGUUACGUGACUUUUUUUCUCCCCCUCGCUCUCUCUCCCUGUGUGUGUGUGUGUGUGUGUUAGUUGUCGCAGCAGCGCUGGAGGAGUUACUACACGUUUCCCGCAGACGAGGACGAAAUGUGUCCGCGUGAAGCGCUCCGUGCGCGGCAGCAGCGGCAGCGGGAGCAGCAGCAGCAGCAGCGGGGGGAGCAGCAGCAGCAGCAGCAGCAGCGGGGACCCGCGCCGCCUUCUCUGGAGUAAACGAUGGGAACAUGUCUCGCUGUUCAGUGCAGUCAACAGCCGCGGGCAACAAACAUGGCUCCGUGUGCCUUUUUCAAAAUGCUCUAAAAACCGCUGCGCUGACGCCGCGGCGCCGCCGCUCGCGGCUCCGGACAAGUUGCGCAAACGGUCGCGACAAGUUGACUCCGGGAACCGCUCGGUACUUUUGAUCUUUGUGAGGAUACACGUUUGUGUGCGGUGUUAGCAGAAGCUACGGAACUAAACACACACACACACACAUACACGCACGCACGCACGCACGCACACACACACUGAGGGAGCGCUAUGGAGCCAAAGCACAAAGAGUUGCUCGACCAGUGCCACCAGAACUUACUGGAGUCCAUCACAGACGCGGACCGGGUCAUAGAGCUGCUCGUCGCGUCCGGUGCUUUGAGUCCACUCGACCGGUUCGAGCUGGACCAGAACUGCUCGUCCAGCGCGGAGAAAGUGGACCACCUCCUGAAGAUGCUGGUGAACAAGGAGAGCGACCAUUUCCUGGACCUGUGUGUGGCCCUGGAGAAAGCCUACCCGGACCUGCACGCGGCUCUGUUCGGACACAACGGCACCGGCUGCACCGGUACCGGCGGAGGAGGAGCCGUGGAACCGUCCACCGGCUCCACGUACAGCGUUCUGUCCACGAUGCCCUCGGACUCUGAAAGCAGCAGCUCCCUCAGCAGCGUUGGUUCGCCCGUGAACGGCGAAGCCUCCUCGCCACCGCCACUGGUCGUCAACGACAACCGCUCGUCCGGAGACAAUCUGGACACGGUGCUGUUCCAGCUCCGGCAGGUGACCAGGGAGAGGGACGAGCUCCGCAAGCGUCUGGCGUUGGCAUCGCCCGGGACCACCUUCGACGACUGCAGGCCAAAUUCCAAAGCCAGUCAUGACUAUGAGCGUCUGAAGAGUCAGUGCAUGAGGGCCAUGACGGAUCUCCAGUCUCUCCAGAACCAGCACACCAAAACACUCAAGAGGUGCGAGGAGGCUGUGAAAGAGGCCGACUUCUACCAUAUGCUGCACAGUCGUGUGUUGGGUGAACAGACGCAGCUGAAGGAAGAGAUGGAGACGCUCAGGAGAGACAACUCUCAGCUCGUCCGCGAACACAAUCACCUUCAGCAGAACUGUGAGGAGCUGAGACGACUGCACGGACAAGACCAGAGAGAACUGAGCGACCUGAGGCAGCAGCAGCAGCAGGUGAUGAGGGAGAGCGGCUCGUCGGAGGUGCUGAACCAGCUCUACGACACGGCCAUGGACAAACUGGAGGGCGUGAAGAAGGACUACGACGCCCUGAGCAAGCGCUACAGCGACAAGGUGGCCAACCACAACACGGACCUGAGUCGCCUGGAGCAGACGGAGGAGGAGAACCGGCGGCUGCAGAAGCAGACGGACGCGCUGCUCAUGCAGCGAGACUCGGCCGUGCACUACCAGCAGCAGUAUUCCACGUCCGUGAGGAGGUUCGAGUCGGUGCAGCAGGAGCUGAACAAGUCGUCGGCCCAGAACAAGGAGCUGCAGCGGGAGAUGGAGCGGCUCCAGUCGGAGGUGACGCGCUACAAGAACCUGCAGCUGAAGUCGGCCAAGGACUGCGACAAAUACAAGGAGGAGCGCGACUCGGUGUUCAACGAGUACCGGCUCAUCAUGAGCGAACGCGACCAGGUGAUCAAAGAGCUGGACAAGCUGCAGACGGAGCUGGAGGCGGCCGAGGCGCGGCUGAAAAACACCUCGUCUGAGCGCGUGGUGGCCAGCGAGGAGCUGGAGGCUCUGAGACAGGAGCUGAACUCGUCGCUGGUGGACCGCGACAGGGCCAUCUGUGAGAGGAACGAGCUGCUGGAGAAGUACUGCCACGAGGUGAAGGACAAGGCCGAGGCCCAGAAGGAGCUGAGUCAGGCCUGCAAGGACAUCGAGACGGUCCGCGAGGAGAGGGACGUGGCCCGCAAGGAGAGGACGGAGGCCAUCAUUCAGAGGGAUCAGCUGCUCCGGGAAUACUAUCAGGCCAGACAGAAACAAGACUCGGCGACUCUGGACAUGGAGAGAGCCAACAAGGAGAUCGAGAUGCUGAGGAAACAGUAUGAGGCCAUGUCCCAGGAGCUGAAGGAGGCCACGCAGGAGGCCGAGGUGGCCAAGUGUCGACGCGACUGGGCUUUUCAAGAGAGGGACAAGAUAGUGGCGGAGAGGGAGAGCAUACGGACUCUGUGCGAUAACCUGCGGCGGGAGAGGGACCGAGCGGUCAGCGAUUUAGCCGACGCUCUGCGUAAUCUGGACGACAUGAGGAAGCAGAAGAACGACGCGCUGAGAGAACUCAAGGAAAUUAAGGAGAAGAUGGAGAGCCAGCUUGAGAAGGAGGCCCGGUUCUGUCAACUGAUGGCCCACAGCUCUCACGACUCAGCCAUCGACACAGACUCUCUGGAGUGGGAGACGGAGGUGGUGGAGUUUGAGAAAGACAGGGAUGACAUGGACUUGAAGGCACUUGGGUUUGAGAUCACAGACGGGGUAAAUGAUCCAUAUUUACCAGGAGAUUGUGGAAUAUUCGUGACAAGGGUGGACAAAGGAAGUAUUGCAGAUGGAAGGUUAAGAGUGAAUGAUUGGUUGUUGAAGAUCAACGACGUAGACCUGACCAAUAAGGACAGGAAGCAGGUGGUGAAGGCUGUGCUCAGCGGCGGAGGAUCCAUCAACAUGGUGGUACGAAGACGGAAGUCAGUGGGAGGGAGGCUGGUCACUCCUGUCCACAUCAACCUCGUGGGACACAAAGACAGUGGCAUCGGUCUGGAGAGCGGCGUGUUAGUUGCUGCCAUCGUCCCUGGAAGUCCAGCAGCCAGAGAAGGUUCUCUCUCUGUGGGAGACAGACUGAUCGCUAUAAAUGGCAUUGCACUGGAUAACAAAUCAGUGACGGAGUGUGAAGCUCUGCUGCGGAGCUGCAGGGACUCGCUGAGUCUUUCCCUCAUGAAGUUCUUCCCUCACAGCACGUCGGGGCAGAACAUCUUCGAGAGUCUGCGCGACUCUUCAGAGAAGUCCAGCGGGCGCGUUCACCUGUCGGACAUCCACUGCAGGAACGGCCGCAAUCUCAAACACAACAGCUCGACGCAGACGGACAUCUUCUGCUCCGACGCCGGCUCCAGCGUCGGCAGCGUCUCCGAGGAGAGGAGGAAGGUCAGGGGUGAAUCUGAUGAGGUGUACGGAGACGUCCUCAAGCCCUUCUCCAUGGGUUCCCUCCACGCCAUGAGCCUUCGGCCGGCGUCGGACUUGGGCACGGGCCGCUACGGACCCAGCGCGUUCCAGGAGUGCUGCCCUUACUCGAAGGGGCCUUCCUCUUUGCCCUUUGACCCCGUCUCGAACUCGAACUGCGUCACGAUGGAGACGACGUUGGAGAAGAAGCACAGUGGAGGCACGUGGCCCAAGAUGUUGGUGGGCGGGAUGUCGGUCGCCCCGGAUAAUCCUAGUCCGCUCACAACAGCAGCCCAGCUCUCCAUCUACAAAUCACCCAAGCAGAGGAAGUCCAUCUUUGACCCGGACGCCUUCAAACGCCCCGACACGCCCUCGUCUAAGAUGGAGUACAUGGCGGCCAAUCAGAUCGCGGCAGUAGCUGCUGCCGCCGCCGCGGUUUCCCACUCGCCGCAGCCCUCAAAGACCGAGUCCCGCUCCUCCUCGUCCACGCCGACCCCUCCGACCCCGCCCACUCGCAGCGACUCCUUCAAGUUCAAACACAAACACCAGAGCAGCUCUGCGUCCGACUGCACCAUCACCUCGGACGGCAAGGGCGGCGAGCCCGUCAUCUCCAUGGCGACGGGAGAGAGCAGGGAGCGCAGCGAGCGGGAGCGCGACAGGAACGGAAACCACUACUUCCUGGAGGGAAAAGUGCUGACGUCGCGGAAGUCGUGCGACGAGGACAUCGGGCGGACCCGAGGGGAGGAGCCUGAGGUGAAGAGGCCCCGCCCCAAAUCGGCCCCCGCCCUCCGGCGCAGGAUGACACCUCAGACCAUCACGUUUCCCUCCUUCCAAAGCUACUCUAACGAUGAACACUCACCGGAGCCCAGGGACCUGCUGCGCUCGUCCCCCAGCCGCUCACACAGGCACAGCGUCGGCUUCGUCCCCACCGUCUACAACGGCGCCCUCCCUCCCAGUUCAGCUCACAGAGGACUGUCUCCCUGCCCCGCGGUCACCGCUGUGAUGAGGAAUCCGGUGUACACCGUGCGCAGUCACCGCGUUCACACCAGCAACUGUCCGUCUGUCGCCUCCCAGAUAUGUCACCAGCACACCCACACCAGCCCGCAGCACCAGGGUCGCCUCAGCCUGGACCUGAGUCAGCAGAAGCGCACGAGCGACUUCUCGGAGUCGUCGUCGCGCAGCAACAGAGCGUCACACGGUACAAACUCACUGCCGUCCAGCGCACGGCUCGGUUCUUCCAGCAACGUCCAGUACCGCGCUGAGAGGAUCAAGAUCCCUUCUACUCCACGUUACCCACGCUCCAUGCUGGGCUCAGACCGAGGCUCCCUGUCACACUCCGAGUGCAGCAGUCCCAGUCUCAUCACGCCGCCGCAGUCGCCGCUCAACCUGGAGACGACGUCGUUCGUCAGCAGCCAAUCACAGGGCUCCAUUUCCACUUUACCGCGGAUCUCAGUCAGUCCCGUAACGAUAGGAGAGCGAAGGAAAGACAGGCCGUACCUGGAGGAACCUCGCAACGUCGUCGUCCAAAAAGGUGCAGAGCCUCUCGGAAUCUCCAUCGUCAGCGGGGAGAACGGAGGAAUCUUUGUUUCAAAGGUUACGGGGGGAAGCAUUGCCCACCAGGCAGGGCUGGAGUAUGGAGACCAGCUGCUGGAGUUUAAUGGUAUCAACCUGCGGAACGCCACGGAGCAGCAAGCUCGUCUCAUCAUCGGCCAACAGUGUGACACCAUCACCAUCAUGGCUCAGUACAACCCACACAUGUACCAGCUGGGCAACCACUCACGCUCCAGUUCUCGUCUGGAGCCAGUCACCGCUCGGCCGAGCCCUCAAGGAAACGGCGCCGCUUCCCCCGACAAUCACUCCAACAUCGAUACGCUCAGCGAACAGGAUGAAGGCACGCUUACUCCCUCCUCCAAGCAGACCACACCCACGACCAGUCCGCAGAACUUCAGCAGGAUGCCGUCUGAGAGCAGCAGGAAGGCGGCGGAGCCGAGGCUUGUGACGGUACGAAGGCCUGGAGUGGAAGUGGGAGUCUCGCUCUGUGGAGGAAACCUACGUGGUGUCUACAUUGAGAGCCUGGAUGAAGACAGUCCUGCCCGAGGCUCUGAUGGACUCCUUCCCGGAGACCUGAUCUUAGAGUAUAACUCAGUGAAUAUGAAGAAUAAAACGGCUGAAGAGGUUUACGUGGAGAUGCUGAAACCCGCUGACGUGGUGACGCUGAAGGUGCAGCAUCGACCCGACGACUUCAAUGUCCUCAAAGACGUACCAGGAGACGGCUUUUAUAUUAGAGCACUUUACGACCGCGUCGCCGACGCCGAGGGCGACCUCACGUUUAAGAAAGACGACAUCCUGUACGUGGACGAGUCUUUACCAAAGGGCACCUUCGGGACGUGGAUGGCCUGGCAGCUGGACGAGAACGCUCAGAAGAUCCAGAGAGGACAGAUCCCCAGCAAGUACAUGAUGGACCAGGAGUUUUACCGCAGACACAGCGUGACAGAAAUGAAGGAAGACUCGGCGAAGACUCUGUCGGCCGCCGCCCGCAGGUCGUUCUUCAGGAGGAAACAGAAACACAAACGCAGCAGCUCCAAGGACAGCAAAGAGACGGUGGCUCUGGACGCCAUCAGCACCGACUCCAUCCCCUUCUUUGACGACUGUGUGAGUCUGGCGUACCAGCGCGUCCAGAAGGUGGAGUGCUCCGCCCCUCGGCCGGUGCUCGUCCUCGGGCCGCUCACCGACGCCGUGAAGGAGAUGCUGAUCAAAGAAUCUCCCGGGAAGUUCUGCAGAUGUUUACUCGAGGUGAUGAAGGCGUCCCAACAAGCCAUCGAGCGCGGCGUCAAAGAUUGUCUCUUCAUCGACUACAAACGCAGGAGCGGCCAUUUUGACGUCACCACUGUUGCUUCGAUAAAGGAAAUCGCAGAAAAGGGCUGCCACUGUUUACUCGACAUCGCACCACACGCCAUCGAUCGACUGCACAGUGUUCACAUUUAUCCAAUCGUUGUUUUCAUUCGCUACAAAAACGCCAAGCAGAUAAAGGAGCAGAAAGAUCCGGUUUAUCUGCGGGACAAAGUAUCUCAGAAACAUUCCAAGGAGCAGUUUGAAAGUGCACAGAAGAUCGAGCAGGAGUACAGUAAAUUCUUCACAGGUAUUGUCCAGGGCGGCUCCCUCCCGUACAUUUGCACUCAGAUCAUGACGAUCGUCGAUCAAGAACAGAGUAAAGUCCUGUGGACUCCACUUGGCUGCCCCUAGAGGAGACUGGCUGCCACUGCAGGCUGUGUCUCUUCACCUCCACCCCUCCACCCCCCACCCCCGAACACUAAUUCACUCGUUCACACUCUACCAGUAGGUACACGACAGCCAGCUAGUUAUGUAAAUUAUUACUACUAUGUUUUGUAUUUUUUGUCUUUGUUAUGAUUAAUAAUCAGCUCCGCCUUUUUCUUUCCGACGUACGAGCAGGUUUAGUAGCACUGGAUCAUCUUGACGUUAAAAGUUCGAGUCUUCCCGAAAGAUUUUCUGGUGGUGUUUUUUUUUUUAUUAUGUGGCGCUGCGAUGUUAGCAUCUGUUUACAGUCAAAAAAAAAAGUAUUGAUGUUUGAUGAUAUUUGUUUUGAAUGCGUGUCUCUUCCCUCACGUCCCCAACCCUCAACACUAAUGAAGUCCGGCGCCCCCUACUGACCAACCUGUGUAGCAAACAGGGCUGUCUCUCUUUUAUCCGACAUUCGUAUUUUCCUUCAAACUUCAAAUAUGUUUUUAAAAUGACGCUUUACAGCCCAGAAGUGCAGCAGACUGUCUGGAGUAAGUACUGUGUGGUCCAGCAGAGGGCGCUGUGAUGAUUACAGCUUGGCCUAUCGGUAAACUGGAGGACACAAGUUCAAGUUAAAUCGUCCUCCUGAGAGGAAAUCUGCUGAUUCAUGAGUGGAAAUCUGCUGAUUCAUGAGUGGAAAUACUGCAUAUAAAAAUGGACAUAGCCUCUUUGUUUGAGGCCAGAAUUAGGACAGAAGUAGCAGCGAGCCACCAGUGAGCGUUUAAGAUAUUAGUGAACAUUUUCCUGGUGAAUUUUUGGGUAAUCUUUAAAUUACGUUCCAAUUUUUUUAAGAAAUCGGACGAUAAAACAUGACGACUACUUUUUAAACACAGUGUAUGGUUCAGUGUCAUGUGACGUUGAAUAUAAUCGGCGAUAGGAAAUAAUGUUGCACGUGUAAUGUGAGUUUGAAAAAGUGGCAGCCCUGUUAGCAAAAUGACUUUUGUGGUUUCCGAUAAUUAUGCACCCAUUUGAUGAUGACUGACAACUAUUUGUGUUUGUUUGUCUCGUGUGUGUGUGUGAGUGGGUGUAAACGUGUGUGUGACAGUUUUUGCCGUUGAGUUGAACCACGGUUGUCUGUCUGUGCGAGUACGACACUAUAGAAAUGAAAUGCUAGGAUCAGACAUCGCGUUCUCUAGAGUACGUAGCUCCCGCUUUUCUUGUUUUUAAACCUCACUGCCAGCAGUAAACGGCCAGGAAAACUAAAAAAACACUACAAACACAUGGAUGUUUGCUCUAUGCAUUGUUGUUUCUAUAGUAACCAGGUGAGGCAACUGUUCACGGGGCCGUUUCGGAAGUGCCUUUGGUGAAGAGACGUCUGAUCUGAAACCAGCCCCGGGGUCACUUUAGCCAAAAGAUUAAAGGUCCAGUAUGCAACGCUCUGCCUCCCAACAUGUCGGGGAAACUAUGUAAUAUCAGCUUAGACGUGACA